AUAUUUUGAUAUUCUAGACGUGCAAACCAACACAAUUCCUAGCUAUAGUAGCUUAUUAAUGAGCAUAUUAAGAGAAGUUCCAGCAGAAUCCAAGAGAUAUGAAGAUGAACUAUUUUUUCUUCAUUCUUUUCUUCUUGAUAUCAUGCUCUUUUGUUAGCAGCAUUUCCCAAAAUGUUAGCAGCGUAGGAGAAAGAUGGAGGAUUCUUAGUGGGCAGAACAAUUGGGAAGGACUAUUAGAUCCUUUAGACAAGGAUCUUCGUACAUACAUUCUUCAUUAUGAAGAUUUGGCUCAAGUUGCCCGUGACGCCUUCAAUUCUGAGAAGGCGUCAAAGUACGCAGGCACUAGCCGAUACGCAAAGAGAAAUCUCUUUGCUAGAGUUGGAUUUGACAAAGUGAAUCCAUUUAGAUAUCAGGUUACAAGAUAUUUCUAUGCGACGUCGUCAUUCCCAGUUCCAGAAGCUUUUUUUACAAGGUCAAUGUCGAGGGAAGCAUGGAGCAAGGAGUCUAAUUGGAUGGGAUUUGUUGCUGUGGCAACUGAUGAGGGCAAAGUUCAAUUAGGAAGGAGGGAUAUUGUGAUUUCAUGGAGAGGAGCUGUUCAGGAUUUUGAAAAGAUAGACUUUUUCGAUUUUGUUCUGGUUCCUGCCACACAAAUCUUUGGUGACAAUGCUCCUAUGGUUGGUCGUGGUUGGUACUCCAUUUAUACGUCUGAUGAUCCGUUAUCACCAUUCGACAAGGCCAGUGCCAGAGACCAGAUUCUUGCUGAAGUUCAAAGAUUGGUAGAGCAAUACAAGGGCGAGGAAAUUAGCAUAACUGUAACAUCCCACAGCUUAGGAGCACCAUUGGCAGCCUUAACAGCAGUUGACAUAGUUUACAAUGUGAUGAACAAGGGCAAUCUAGUGACUGCCUUUCUAUCUGGCAGUCCUAAAGUUGGAGACCAGAACUUCAAGUCCAUCUUUUCCAACCUCAUGAAUCUCCGAGCACUUCACGUUCGAAAUGCACCAGAUCUAAUUCCAAAUUAUCCUGCACCUCUUAUCUACGCAGAUAUUGGUGUCCCAUUUGAUAUUGACACCAGAAAAUCAUCCUAUCUGAAAAAUGGAGAUCAGGCAAAAUGGCAUCAUCCGGAAGUUUACAUGCAUGGAGUUGCUGGAACACAAGGGACUAAAUUAGAAGGGUUCGAGCUGGAAGUUAAACGUGACAUUUCUCUUGUUAACAAGUAUAUAGAUGGUUUAAAAGAUGAAUAUCGUGUACCAAUUUCGUGGUGGAUUGAGAAGAAUAAAGGUAUGGUUCAACAAGAAGAUGGAUCUUGGAUUCUUAUGGAUCACGAAGAGGACGAUGACUAAUUUCCAGCAUGAGUAGUUAUAUUGUCUUGUAAUUUUAUUACUCCACUUAAUAUUUAUAUGUUUCAUGUGUAUUUUUUCAAUUAUCAUUUGUUUGUAUUAUUUAAUUGAUUCUACGUAAAAGGGUCAAAAGUAUCCCUAUUGUUUGAUAAAUGGUUUACAUUUACCCUC